CCUCCUCCGGCUCGACUCGCGCCACGCGCGAACUCGCCAAAAAUCGGCGACGAACGCGAAAUCGCCGCGGCUGGCCAUGGCCUCGAAGUCGAGCAGCUGGUGCCCGCAGAGUGAGCUGGUGCUGCACUGGCGGCAGCUACUGGCGGUAUGGGUCGCCUACUUUGUCACCGCAGGUCUUUCAUAUCACGCAGCACCUGUGAUGUUGCCCUCCAUCAUGGAGGAGUUCAAAACGGAUCAGUACCAUGUCUCCUGGGUGCCGGGCAUUUUCCUGCUCUGCAAGGGCGCCUUUACGGUGCCCGGGGGCUACGCCUUGCACCGCUUCGGGUGCAAGACCUGCCUGCGCGCCGGCUCGCUGCUGAUUCUGGCCGCCUCGCUGGUCUACCCUUGGGCGCCCAGUUUGUGGCUACUCGCGGCGCUGCACGGCCUUUACGGCGCGGCCUACGACUUGAGCGGCCUGGGGCCCGUCAUCGUCUUCGCCACGACGUGGUUCGACAGCCACGCGGCCCUGGCCAUCGCCCUGCUGACAACUGCCUUCAGCGUCUCGGGGAUGGUCUUCCCGCCGCUCUUCGCGGCGCUGAUCGCGCGCUUCGGGUGGCGCCACGCCUCGCUGGCGAUCCCAGUGGUCAUGGCGCUGGUGGUGGUGCCCUUGUGCUUCCAGGCACGAGACGGCCCGCUGCGACGCCACUCACAGCUGCCCUCAGAGGAAGAUGGCUCCACCAGGAACUUCCGAUGGAGUCUAUCCCAGGGUGCGGUUUGGCACUUGGCCUUUCUCUCGCUGUACCUCAUGUAUGUGGUCAUUGCCCUCAUCAACUCGCUGGUGAUGUACCUGAAGACUGACGUGGGCAUGGCUCUUGAGCUGUGUGGGCUCUACUCCUCGGCAGUGUUCCAAGCCUCCAUCGCAGGGAAGCUGGUCAUGGGCACUUUGAUGGACGGCCGCUUCCAGUCUGUCGCGGGCCUGGUGGGGUGUUUGGUGCUCUUGCUGGGCACUCUGCUGCCUCUGGACAUAGCAUCCGGCGGCCAGGCGCUGACCAGCAAUCGAGUGCAGCUGUUGGCCUUCGCCAUCAUCUACGGCUUCGGCUUCGGGGCCUGCUACUCCAUGAUCUGCGCCAAGCCGGCGAAGAUGUUCGGGCGGCUGAGCGACUUUAGCAAACUCCAGGGCUUCUUUAUGCUUUUCCAAGUGAUCGGCGGCUUCCUGGGCACCCUGAUCACAGGAAAGCUGCGAGCGAUCUCCGGAGACUACCUCCUCUCCUUCUAUGUCUUCAUCGUCAUGGCGGUGUUGACGCUGUGUCACUACUUGGCCCUGGAGGUGCCAAGAUGGACGCGUGGCGGUGCCGACCUCACGGCCACGGAAAGUGAGAGCAGCACCUUCGAGUCUCACACCUCCUGAGCCCGGCGGUCGCAAAAAAGGGUUUGGUCCAGGC